GAGUUCAUCUGGUAAAUGAUGUCCUGUCUUUCAGUGGUGCUGAUUGGGGACUCCGGAGUGGGGAAGAGCAACCUGCUGUCCCGCUUCACCCGCAAUGAGUUCAACCUGGAGAGCAAGAGCACCAUCGGGGUGGAGUUUGCUACCAGGAGCAUCCAAGUGGAUGGGAAGACGAUAAAGGCACAGAUCUGGGAUACUGCAGGGCAGGAGAGAUACCGUGCCAUUACUUCAGCGUAUUACCGUGGUGCUGUGGGGGCCCUUCUUGUCUAUGACAUUGCCAAACAUCUCACCUAUGAGAACGUGGAGCGCUGGCUGAAGGAGCUGAGGGAUCACGCAGACAACAACAUCGUCAUCAUGCUGGUGGGCAAUAAGAGCGACCUGCGCCACCUGAGGGCUGUGCCCACUGAUGAGGCCCGUGCUUUUGCAGAAAAAAAUAACCUGUCCUUUAUUGAAACUUCUGCUCUGGAUUCCACAAAUGUAGAAGAAGCCUUCAAGAACAUCCUUACAGAAAUCUACCGCAUUGUCUCUCAGAAGCAGAUCGCAGACCGGUCUGCGCACGAUGAAUCUCCUGGCAACAACGUAGUCGACAUCAGCGUCCCACCAACCACCGACGGACAGAAAUCCAACAAACUCCAGUGCUGUCAGAACCUGUGACCUCCCGUAGACGGCUCCGAUGCUCCUCACUUCGUCUGUGCUUCAUUUAGAAACUUGUGUGCACUUCUUUAUCUCCUGUGAUUCAGUGACUCCCCCCCCCCUCCUCCCUUCACCCCACCCCAACCUCCUCCUUUCAUCUUAGAGCUUAAAUUGUAGGGUUAACAUUCCCCUGCCUCUAAGAUCCCCUUGAAUGUGAUGACUUUUGGGCUCGAAAUGUUGGCACUGAUCUGAUAGACGUGUUUGUGUUGGAACAUCUGCUGGAUUCCAUCCCACGAGAUGCUUCUCCUCAGCUGGGUUUGAGUUUUGUUCUGGGAGAGAAGCCGUGGGGGCUCGACCAGCUGAGGGAAUAAUGGCCGCCUUUAGGUUACGAGGCUUUUUCCUCCCAUAGUCAGACUUUUCUCUCCUGUUCCUAUAAACGCAGGGGAGGAAUUAAAGGAAGUAGCUGUCCUCCCCACGCUCUGCUUUCUGUCCCAGUGAAGUUUCACAGCGAGGUUUUGAGCGGUCGCACACACCUCAGAGCUGUUGAACAUAACACGACUUACCAUGUAAUUAGCACUAUGCGGUUAGUCUGCCUGUGUAGUUUUGCUGUUUCCUGCCUAGGAAAUCUUUCUCUCCUCGUUUUAUUUGGGAACAAUGACGUAUGUCUGCGUUGCUUUCUCUGCCACCACGAACACCGUGCUGCUGUGCGGGCUUUGUCACGUGGCUUAAUAUUUAUUCAUGGCUUCCGUUAAUCAGUUCACACUGUUGUACAGUAAGUGCCAGCAUCUUCCUUUAACCGACCCACCCGUACGGCCGUGCUGCUGUCGUACGUAGAUCAGUGUCUGAGCGCUGGACCUUCCCUACCUGCGGGAUUUAUUUUGCAUGCUGCUUUUCUAUAGAGUUCCCCCCUGUUUGGAGUGAGUGAAGCAAUAUCCCCAUGUCCCCCUGCCAUGUACAUAACCUGCUCGGAAGGGUUUGGGUUGUUGGUAGAGAACACGAUUCUUUCUACGUUUUGUAAAGCUGCAGAUCCAUCCCAUCCCCUGGUGCCUGGUGCGUUCCCUUCCUUACACAGUGUCAUGCUCAGAUCUCACUCAGCUCUUUAACCUGCUCCUUCCCCUCCUGUCAGGCCGAGCUCUGGGCUGUGAUUCUCACACCAUUGGACCUCACCGUGUGUGUCGGUUCGGCAGCUCUGACCCGGAACGUUCGGUCCGUGCUGAACGGGACGGCCCGUCCCGCUGUGGUUUGUGCGUUGUCCCCUGUCGGUUACCGGCUCUCACCGCAUCCAUCCCCGGUGACGCGGGUGCAGCCGUGCAGGACGGGACAGGCCGCACCGUGCAGCGAUUUGCGGCCGGUUUUUGCUCUGUACAAUUUGAGUUCCGAGACUGCGCCUCACUGCUGAACACACACACACUGCAUGGCGUGAGCUGCACCGGGCGGCACCGAGCUGUGUACGGGGCGGUACCGAGCUGUGUAUGGGGCGGUACCGAGCUGUACCGGGCGGUACCGAGCUGUACCGGGCGGUACGGAGCCAUGUACCGAACGGCGCUGGGAGCCGGGGAACCGGCAUUCGGGUCUGGGCUGUUCUGUCUGUUGUGUAAUAAACUCCAGGGCGGUUCACUACG